AUGACCUGCAGUCCUCCAAGUCCCCGGAAUGUGAAGGAUGCCUUUCUCCUCACCAAGUGUGGACUGCCGCCACUGCUACCUCUCAGCUCUGUGACAGGCCUGGAAGAAAUUAGCAGAGUACGGAAAGACAUGUACAAUGACACAUUAAAUGGCAGCACAGAGAAAAGGAGCGCGGAGCUGCCUGACGCGGCGGGACCUAUUGUUCAGUUACAAGAGAAACUUUAUGUGCCUGUAAAAGAAUACCCGGAUUUUAAUUUUGUUGGGCGAAUCCUUGGACCUAGAGGACUGACUGCUAAACAGCUUGAAGCAGAGACGGGAUGUAAAAUAAUGGUCCGAGGCAAAGGCUCAAUGAGGGAUAAGAAGAAGGAGGAGCAAAAUAGAGGCAAGCCCAACUGGGAGCAUCUGAACGAAGACUUGCAUGUGCUCAUCACCGUGGAGGACGCGCAGAACAGAGCAGAGAUCAAGCUCAAGAGAGCAGUCGAAGAAGUGAAGAAGUUACUGGUGCCUGCAGCGGAAGGAGAGGACAGCCUUAAGAAGAUGCAGCUGAUGGAACUUGCAAUUCUCAAUGGCACUUACCGGGAUGCCAACAUUAAAUCACCAGCCCUUGCCUUUUCUCUUGCAGCAACAGCUCAGGCUGCUCCAAGGAUUAUCACUGGGCCCGCGCCUGUCCUCCCACCAGCCGCCCUGCGCACCCCAACGCCAGCGGGCCCUACCAUAAUGCCUUUGAUCAGACAAAUACAGACCGCCGUCAUGCCAAAUGGGACUCCCCAUCCCACUGCUGCAAUAGUUCCUCCAGGACCGGAAGCUGGUUUAAUCUACACACCCUAUGAGUAUCCCUACACGCUGGCGCCGGCCACAUCCAUCCUUGAGUACCCGAUCGAGCCUAGUGGCGUAUUAGGUGCGGUGGCUACUAAAGUUCGAAGGCACGAUAUGCGCGUCCAUCCUUACCAAAGGAUUGUGACCGCAGACCGAGCCGCCACCGGCAACUAACCUAUGACCUUCUGACCUCUGAACUCUUCACCCAAUGAUGACCUGACCAUGCCUGCCUGCUGAUCAGUUAACUGGUAAUCGCCUUUGCUUGCCUGUCGUCAGUGCAGCGAGCUGAGGCUCUUGUCCGUUCGCCUCACCAUCUAACCAAACAAAAGACAAAGAGAUCGUUGUCCUCCAACUCAGCUUUUCUUUCCUGUUUGGGUGAAAGUGGUUCUAGAACCUGCACUGAAUAGUAGUAUAGCAAUAAGGCCCAAUUCAUCCCCCAGCACUGAGCAUCUGCCGCCCCCCUAGCGAACGGGGAGAGGCCUCGCUCGGAAGGGAGGCGAUGGGCUUUAUCCACUCAGUGACAGAGGCAGUUACUGUGAGAGACUUCCGGAAGCUUCCUUCUCCGGGCGGAGCCCAGCUCUCUGAAUGUACCGGGUGGUGAUGCAUCAUGCAUGCGCCUGUGGUCAGGGGUGUCAUUGGGGAAGUGAGCUCCCGAGUAUUCAAAAUUUGAUGCGUUCUUACUCACUACAGUGCCCUCAGAGGGCAGACGUUGCAGCCUUUUCUAUCGCCUGCCAAAAUUUGAAGUGUUAGAAGAGUGUGCCAUGAGAGAAAAUUCAUGAGGAGUUUUAAAAAGUAAUGCAAAGAUCAAAACUGCAACACUAUUUUUAAAGAAAAAAGUAAAUAUCUGAGUUACAAUUUCUGAAGUUUUCUUUUACACCUCCUUAAAAACUCGUAUGAGAACAAGGUACAUGCAUAAUGUGUCACGUUACUGGGCAAACUGUUCGAAUAUUUUUUUGAAACCUCCCUGUAUAGAAAAAAAUCAUUAAGGAUGUAAAAGCCAUGCUUGCCUAUUUGCUGUAUACAUGUAAUGAAAUUGUAGAUAAAGUGUAGUGCAUUGAAACAAUGAACAAAAGUAGAUACUUUUACUAUACAAGGGUGCUGGUGCAGAAAAAAAUAUAUAUAUUUUUGGAAAUGUAGCAUUUUAUACUUUCAAGUGUUAUAAAAA